AUGGCGGGACAAUGGCGAGCUUUGCCGCUGGUUUUCUCGACUUAUAGCGGCGAUGGCGCGACACUGCAGGUCUCACCGGAUGCGCGAGAUGCUCUGCUUUCGAUUCAUGCCUCAAAAAUGAGUAUUAUGGGCGUAUUCGGCCCUCCAGCGAGUGGUAAACGGCUGCUUCUCCACACGUUGCUACAGCCCCAAGAGGUGGACUUUUCUGCUACGCCCGAGAACGAAAAGAACGUGUUGCUGUGGCUGUGGCUGCCUCAAGACGAAAAUACAAAGACCGGAGACAAAACUCGCAUCGUUCUGGCUGCUGGAGCUGCGCUAGAGACUGAGAACGGACAACAAACCGAGAACCAGAAGCUGGCGUUGCUCUUGCUGCUCUCGUCCGCCCUACUGUACAACGUAAAUGGAGAAAUCAACGCGGAGGCUGUAGAAAGGCUGCAGUGGGUCGAGAAGGUGGCCCAAGUGCUAAGAAUCAAAGCUAUGCAGGACGAAGAGGCUGUGGCUAGUGAAUUUCAUGAACAUGCGCCCAAAUUCAUCUGGUUGGCCAGGAAUUUCAAGAUCAAGUGGCUCAAAGAUGCACAGGGACAGAAGUUGACACCCACGCAGUAUUUCGAGCAGGGUUUGGCCCCCGAAGGAGGCUACGGAGACGCCGCAACCAAGAGAAACAUGUUGCGUAUGUACCUGGAGUCGUACUUUCCAGUGAGAGAUUGCGUGGCGCUGAGUCGUGCAGUGGAGGGCAAUGGGACGGAAGUUGUGCCUCCCGAGACGCCACGCAGUGAGCUGCGCACGCAGUUUGUCGAGGCUGUUGACGAGUUAUACGCGGACUAUUUGUCAGAUAAAGCCCAAAAGCUACCGGCGAAGCAAUUGAUGGGCCACGAGUUGCGCUCAGAACAAUUUGUAGCCGUGCUGGACGCGUACGUGGAUGCAAUCAAUACCGGGCAGCUUCCAACGAUGCAGAAGGCGUCAUACACACUCUUGGAGCAGGAGGUCACAGAGGCAAUUGAAGUCGCCAGACAGAGUUAUACGAAGGAGAUGCAAGCGGUGACGAAGGAUAAGGAUGGUGAAAAGACUCUCAGCGAGCGAGCUCUGUUUGUCGCUCAUGUUCGUGGUGUUCAGGCAGCUAUGGCGCAUCUUCGUGAAGUGCGUUCAAAGCUCCCAGAGAGGCUACGAAAGACUUUGUUCAUGGACAAUUUAGUUAGUUGGGAAGCACAGAUGAAGAGUGAUUUUGUGGAGAGUUUAGAGCGCAACACCAAGCUGUCAACAGACAUCUGCACUAAGGUCCUUGAGCAUGUUCUCCCGCAGAACCUCGAAGCCAUGGCUGCAGAACUGGCUGAAAGAUCACGAGAGGAAUUUUCCGAUGGCUUGGUGCGGCUACUGACACAGUACAAGUCGGAUCUACGGAGCGCAUUGGACCAGUACAUGCAACAAAGUAGCGGGCCAGCUGUGGAUUCUUGUCUACGAGAAAUAGAUCGCGUCGAGACUCCCAUAACGGACACAACGACACUUAAGUCAAUGUCUUAG